UACUCUUCCUCAAUUCUCAACCCUUAUUCCUCUCAUAUCAAUUCAAUUCAAUUCAACACUCUACUAUCUAGGGUUUUCUGAUCCCCUCUUUGUUCUUCCCCAAUUCACGCUCUUCUUCGCAAAUUAUCAUACUUCGUACUUGGAUUUGGUACCCCGUUUGAUUUUGUUGGGCACAAGGGAAAGAGUCCUUCUGUUGACUUGUUUCUCAGCAUUAGGAAGGUCAACGGCUUAAUGUUAAGUUCUGGGAGUAACUUAAACGGCAGCAGCACAAGUGGGAUAACUUCAUCGAAUAUGCCACCUUUGCCCCAGUGUUUGCCGCUAGAUUUGAUCACUGUAGGAAAUAAAAAAUAUACGGGAGAGCUGAAGAGGGUUUUGGGUGUUUCUCCUGGAAACACCUCAGAAGACCAUUCUUUUGGAGUUCCACAUCCUAAAUUAAUGGGCCCAGGAGCCUCGGGGGAGCUAAAACACAUAAAGGAAAGUGUUCAAGAUGCCUCCAAAAAGGCUAGGGAUAGAUCAAAAAUGUUUCAGGAAUCUAUAACUAAAGUGGAUGGGUAUAUAAACUCAAAGAAGCGACAAAGGAAUGAUUUAUCAAGUGAAAGGGGAAGUGGAGUAAUGUUAACAAAGAUGGGAAGCCAGAUUCACAAAAUCCCAAAUGAUAAUAUGACUCCAAGAGAAGUCAAGACCCCAAAAUCAAUGCUGAACAAGCGAAUUCGUACGUCCGUGGCAGACAUGCGGGAGGAAAGUGGGUCUGCUUCUAUCGGAAGACAGCAGAUGCUCACUGAGAAGGAUGGAAAUCUAAUUCAGACACUUAGUGGGGGCUCUGUUCGAACUGAAGAUAAAACAUGCAGAUUACCUGCUGGAGGUGAGGGAUUAGAUAAAAAAAUAAAGAAGAGGAGGUCUGUCGGAACAGUAGGAAACAGAGUUAUAACUGGUGAGAGGGACGUAAAACGAGCUCCCUUUCCAAAUGGAAAUGCUGAUUUGAAGAUGCGAUUCAAUGAUGCUCAGGGUUUCAGAUUGAAGUCACUUCCUGGAUCUAUUGGAAUCAACAAGUCUGAGGGCUCUUCAGAGCCUAAUAUCACAGGUGUGCGUGUGAUGCUUACAGAUGAGCAAGGUGCCUCUCUUCACAGGGACAACUUAGCUGACCAGAGCGUUGUAGCAAAAGGAAACAACAGAGUAAACACUCAAGUGGAGCUAACAAGCAGCCCUAGCCCACCAAUUAAAAACAAGGUAUCUCGGGCACCAAGAACAGGUUCAGUUAGUGCGCUAGAGUUGUCUAACAUCCACUCUCCUGCCGGAAGUUUCCCAGGUUCUUCUAUACAUCCAAUGACCCAGUGGGGUGGACAAAGACCACCUAAAAAUUCACGCACACGAAGAGUGAAAGUAGUUUCUCCUGCCUCACGCAACCUUGAAGUUCAGGUCUCAUCUGAAGGCUGUCUAACUUCUGAUUUCAAUGUUAAAGCUUCUUCUGUUGGCAACAAUGGGUUCCAACUAGCUAGCAGUGUAGACAACAGUACACCAAAAUAUAAAAGAGCACCAGAUGAUAUUUUGUCUCCCUUUGGAUUAUCUGAAAGUGAAGAAUCUGGUGCUGGCGAAAACAAAAUAAAAGAGAAAGGGGUGAAUGCCAGUGACUUUGCUUUGGCUGCUGAUAGGGAUGGAUCUCCUAUGUUACAAAUGAGGAAGAAUAAAAUGCCAAGAGAUGAAUCAGGAGAUGGUAUGCAGAGACAAGGAAGACCUGGAAGGAAUUUAUCGUCAAUAAGACCAGGCCUUCCGUUAGGGAGGGAGAAGUCUGAGAAUGUACCUAUACUGAAGCCAGUUCAGGAAACAAGUCCUAAUGAUAAGAAUAAAACCAAAUAUGGGCGCCCUCCUUCAAAAAAGCAGAAAGAACGCAAGGUUUUGACUCGUGUAGGGAAGCGACUGAACAUUGGUUCUCCUGAUUUUGGAGGUAGUGGGGUAUCGGAUGAUGAUCGCGAAGAAUUGUAUAAAGCUGCUAAUGCUGCUCUUAAUGCAAGCACUUUUGCUUCAGGUCCAUUUUGGAGUAAAAUGGAGUGUAUUUUUACUCCCAUCAGCUCAGAUAAUGCAUCUUUUGUGAAGGAACAGCUCAAUAUUGCUGACGAUUUGGAGAAAAGUUCAUCUCAUAUGUUUGCCAUUGAUCAUGAUAUGUUGGGUGUUGUUAUAAAUAAUAAAACCACUCAAGGUUCACAGGGUAGAAGGAGAAACCACUUUGAUGAACCCAAGUCGGAGGCUGUAGGUGGGAGGAAUGACAAGGUUACCCCAUUAUUCCAAAGACUUCUUUGUGCUCUUAUUGAAGAAGACGAAAAUGAAGAAUCAUACCAGCAAAGUGAAGCAAAGAAUAUAUCUAGACAGUGUGCUAGUGAUGAUUCUCACUGUGGUUCUUGUAAUCAAGUCGAUUUUGAACCGAAAGACCGGGAUAGAAUGGAAUCUGAAGUUGAAUCGGAGGUGGAUUUCCAUAUUCAGAAGAAUUGCAUAUUGGACAGACUAUCUUGCGAUAAGAGUACUGCAUCGAACACAUUUAGGUACCCAGACACAUCCAGUCCUUUACAAAGCCCCGGAGUUUGGCAGGGAGAUGAAGAAUUGUCCAUCUCUGAUAUCACUCACACCAGUGAAAUAUGUUCAAAUGAUCUUGAUCAACUGCAACCCGAAAUAAAUAAUCCUAGUUUUCCUUCUCCUGAUGGUGACUAUCAGCUUAUGUCUCUGGAUGAUAGGCUGCUGCUUGAGUUGCAGAGCAUUGGUUUAUAUCCAGAAAUAAUGCCUGAUUUAGCAGAGCAAGAUGAAGUUAUAAUUCAAGAUAUUGUGGAACUUGAGAAAGCUCUAUAUGAACAGAAUGGAAGGAAGAAGAGAAACUUGGACAAAAUUGAUGGAGCUAUUCUCACAGGGAGGGACAUGGAAAAACGGAAGGUUGAGCAAGCUGCAUUUGACCAACUUACUGAAAUGGCUUACAGAAAGAGAUUGGCAUGCCGUGAAAGCAGAAAUUCAAAAAGCGCUGUUCAGAAGGUUUCAACACAAUUUGCUUUGGCUUUUAUUAAACGUACUCUUGCCAGAUGUAGAAGAUAUGAAGAAGCUGGUGUUAGCUGCUUUAGUGAACCGACUCUGCAAAAUAUAAUGUUUUCCCCUCAUUCACGCGAGAAUGGUGCCCGACAGGCAGAUUGCAUUGUUUCUGGCACAGCCAGUAAUACAUGUAGCAAAGCUUUGCAUCAAAUUGAAGCGAGAAAAUUAGGUGCUGUUUCGAGUGCUUCUGAGAAAUAUGAUGGUCAGCUGGAUUAUGCAGACAGGGGACUGGUUGAUUCUUUUCAAAGUUCAAUCCACUCAUCAGAACAAUUGUUAUCCCAGAAUGGGUCUGUGAUGAUCAAGGAGAAGAAGAGGGAAAUGCUGGUCAAUGGUGUCGUCAAUGGUUCUUCAAGAACAUCAAAUCUUGAUGGUGCUGUUCCUAUUGGAGUCAAAGGAAAGAGAAGUGAGAGGGAUAGAAAUCAGACCCGGGAUCAGUCCAGACCAAAUUCUAAUUCCAGAGCUGGUUGCCUGUCAUUGGACAGUAACAAAAAUGAGAACAAGCCAAAAGCUAAGCCCAAGCAAAAGAGUACUGCUGCUGGAAAUGAUAGAUUCAUGGAAGCAAAGGAAUCUGUGUGUAUACCUAUUUAUGAUUCUAGUCUAUCUGUGGCUAAUGCAAGAAACAAUGGCAGUAAAGACGGGGCAUCAUUAUCUGCUAACCAGAACACUUCUCAAGGAAAGGAAUCCACUGACUUGGAGAAUUUGCCACUACCUGAUUUAAGUUCAAUAGACGAAUUUGGUGUAUCUGGUGAACUUGACGGGCCGCAAGAUCUUGGUUCUUGGCUGAACUUUGAUGACGAUGGUUUGCAAGAACAUGAUUGUAUUAUGGGCCUUGAAAUUCCAAUGGACGACCUAUCGGAAUUGAAUAUGCUUAUGUGAAGGAAUGGAACUUGUAAAUUGUACCUAUGGAACAUCUCUAUCAAAAGGAGAAUUCACAUGGAUUCGGUGAACCUGGUGGGCAUCAAGACCGUGAUGUAACCUGGGUUUCUUGGAGUGGAGAAAUUUUGGUGGUUAGGAUCAGAAUUUUGAUCCAAUUGUUUGGUAAAACAACCAAGUUGGUAUUUUCGUUGAAAGUUGUAUAUAGGAAAUAGUUCAGAAGAUCUGCUGCAGUCAUAGAUUUUAUGACAUCGCUUCCAGAUCCCUUUCUUAUUAUCAAUCUCCAUAAUUUAAUUGGUUUUACUGUGCAGUCAUAGAUUUCGUGAGAUUGCUUCAAAAGAUCUGCAUUUUUGAAUCUAAUUGGUUUCACUGUGCCAAAGUCAUGCCCUUGGAAUGCAAUUUUUUGGGAAAUUACAACUGCAUAAUCUUUAGAAAUAAAUAAGCUAUGCCAUUCGUUUAGUUAAAAGGUGCCUAAAGGAUGGCUUUUUUGCCCAUGUUAUUACUUAAGUUGCCAUGCAAUCUAAAUUACUUUUGAUUCGAA